UGACUAAAUUACAAACAUUGCACGUUUUUCUCAUUUUAAUUUUAGUUUCGUGUGAUUUCACCACUAUUUCAAAGAAAUAAAUCAUAAAUGAUAUUGAAAGGUGUUUAAUUGCAUCUAUCAUCAUGGCGGCUGUAGAUUCUACUACUGAGUUGAAUUCUCUGCUGGAGCAGUGGACUCAAGAGAACAACGGUAUAGGGAUCAGUCCCAUUCCAGUACUGACUAGACUGGCAGAAUUGAUUGAAAAAGAAACUGAGGCAUACUUUAAGAUGGAUCCAGAUCCUUUUGAUGAUCGCCAUCCUGGAAGGGCCGAUCCAAAAUGUGGUCUUGGACACUUGUUAAAGUGCCUAUUCAAAAAUGAUGACUUCAUGAAUAAGAUUGUGAAUACAUACUUGCUGUGUCCCAGAGACCAAGAAGCGUUGCAGACAGCCGCUUGUCGUAUAUUACUCGACAUCUUGCCUGGACUCGAGACUUCCGUCGUUUUCAAUGAAAAUGAUGAGAUUGUCCGUCGUCUGCUCCACUGGGCUGAAGUCGCUGAUGAACCACUCCGAUCGUACGCCACAGGGUUACUGCCUGGUGCGAUGGAAGUCCAAGAUAUUGCAGCAAGUUUCAGGGAGAGCAAUGCCAGGCUGGUACCAAUCAUGAUAGCCCGUCUUCACAAGCUAUGGGAGGAGAAGCAGAAUGAGAUGAACGCAGCGCUAGGGCGACCAUUUGCUGGAAUAGGGAAGGAUGGGAUGGAGAGGGAGGUGGGGAGUGGAGAUGCACCAAGACACUUGCGAAUAUUACCACAGAAAUCAGAUGUUGGCACCAGCCCUGAAAAGAGUAGGGUGCGGCGAGGUAGCUUCUCAAAUGAAAACAGCAGCAGUUGGGCCGAGAUGCAGCCGUAUGUGAUUGGCUCGCACUGUAUGGAGCCAUUGUCAAUCGACAUGAGGAUGAGGCUAAUUGUUCAGUAUCUUGCCCCUAUGGGUGAAUAUCAAGAGCUGCUUAGCUCCAUGUUUGAAUGUGAUGCAAUAAGCCUGAUCUAUAACCUCAUCGAUCUCAAGAAGAAUAAAGAUAUUCGACUUGCAUUUGAUGGUUUGAGGUUCCUUGCAUCUCUUCUCUGCCACAAGAAGUUUGCCAUCAAGUUCAUCCAGUCAGAAGGUGUGCAGCGUCUGCUGGGAGUUUACCGACCUUCCAUGGCUGCCACAGGCGUGUCUCUCUGCCUCUAUUAUCUGGCCUACUUUGAGGAUGCAAUGGAGAGGGUUUGUUUGUUACCAGAGCACAUCCUCAGCGAUCUAGUCAACUAUGUCCUCUGGCUGUUGGAAUGUUCUCACCAGUCGGGUCGUUGCCAUGCCACCAUGUUCUUCAGUGCUUCAUUUCAAUUCCGUGUCAUUCUCAACCUGUUCGAUGCUCAAGAUGGCCUCCGUCGAAUGUUCAAUGUGAUGAGUACCCUUAAGAUCUUGAGUACUGAUGAGACUGACCCCCAGAUGUCAGAGGAUGAGGUGUUUGUGAGUCGUCAAGCUGCAAGGCACGUUUGUGUUGGGCUCAAGAAAUACUUCGAGGCUCAUUUAGUCAUUAAGACGGAUGAGUUGCGGCGCUCUCAUGCCAGGAGAGAAGGGGGUUCUCCGAUACCUGCUGAAAUACCUGCCUAUAAGUCUGCUCAGCAUUCUCCAGAUGUCCUUUUGGACUACACAGAGUUAUUAUUAGAAUGUCUUCCACUUAGAAUGCACUGGAAACCCGUGUCUGAUUUCAUCAAACUCGACGGCAUUACGUUGCUUCUACGCUUGAUUGCCAUAGCCGAUGAGUGGACACAAUACACAGGAAAAGGGCCAAACUAUGAGCGACACGUGGCAGAGACUAUUAGAAGCGCACUUGAUGCUUUGGCUGUCUGUACGGUUAGUCCAAAAACUCAGGUCCAGUUGUGCGAUUCCAUACCCCUUCCUGAGAACACCAUGACUCCAGCUAUUAGCAUUCUGCUGGGGGUUGCUGAAGGCGAGGUUUUUCUGGAUUCUGACGUACAGAGAUCAGCAUUGAAUGUGAUCAUUAACUGUGUGUGUGGACCACUGUCCAGGAUUGGUGGCAACGUAGUGCGCUUCAUGACAGGAAGUGCCAAGAAGAGAACGCUGGGAAGAACUGAUGACAUCAUUGCUAAAAUGUGGGAUUGUGUACGCUCAAAUAAUGGCAUCAUGGUGCUCCUAAAGUUACUGAUGAUAAAAACUCCUAUCACCGAAGCUGAUUCGAUACGAGCGUUGGCAUGCCGUGCUCUACUCGGUUUGUCCCGUGACGAGAAGGUGAAGCAGAUCAUCGGCAAGCUGUCAUUGUUCAACAACGGGCAGCUGCAGAUGCUAAUGAAGGAACCAGUUCUUCAAGACAAGAGACUCGAACAUCUUAAGUUCUGUAAAUAUGCUACAGAAUUGAUUGAGCGAGUCUCUGGGCGGUCAAACAGCGCAAAUUAUGAUGCGUCGUUGGAAAAGAUUAGGAAGGCUGACAUUGUUGCUCAAACAAAGAUCACAUACGAUGACAAGGAACUAUUACAGCUGAUGUACGAUCAUCUGACUGAAAGGGGUUUAGUGACGUCUGCUCAAGCGUUACAGACCGAGGCAAACUUGCCAAAGAUUGCACCAACUCCUGUGCUUCCUGAAAAUCCUUGCAUUUAUUCCACACCCAAGGCAUUGAUGAGGCAGAUGAGUAGUCCAAUGGGACAUAGUAUGAGUUCCUUGUCACACGGUGGGACACCGGUUGCUGGGACGUCCUCAGGGUCUCGGAAAGAACCCACCACACCUGGAACUUCUAGCUCAAUCAAAGUUAAUGUUAUCCAUCCCAAAGUACAGACUCCUCAGAAGGCGCCUAAUCCUAUCCAUAAGAUCAUGAGAGAGAAAAUGGAAUCAACACCAGCCACCCCUGUCCUCAAACGUAGCAAACCGUCGAUCACGUUAGACAAGAUAGUGACUGAGUACUUGAGAAAGCAACAUUCCCUGUGCGUCAAUCCAAUGGUAACGUGUCCUCGGUUCUCUUUACUAGAGCCACAUAGGUGUCCAAUAUCAAUGCACAGGAAAACGGCACCCUAUAAUAUCACAUCAAGACUCUUCCAACGUUCUGUUGAUCCGUUAUACGGUGGCCCACACGGGGCCAAGUGGGACAGGAAAUAUCUAUACAGUCGAUUCCGGCCAAUCAGGACAUACCGUGAUACUGAGGAAGAUGGGUGCUUCUCUUGUUGUGCAUUUUCUGCUUGUGAGCAAUAUCUCAUCCUGGGUACUUACGCAGGAGAACUGAAACUCUAUAACGUCCAGACAGCUGAGGAGCAUACAUAUGCCAUCUGUCACAACUCACCGCUAUCUCACUGCCAACCAUCCAAGGAUGGUAAACUGGUGCUAACAUCAUCAUCAUGGGGGACACCUCAGUCAGCGUUGUGGUCAUUAGGUCAAGAAAUCGUUCUCAAGUAUGCAUUUGAUGACGAUAACUACACAGAAUUCAGCAAACUUUCUCAGGACAGAAUUAUCGGAACGAAGAAUGAUGCUGCUCAAAUCUACGAUGUUCAAACAGGGGCAAAAAUUGUCCAAUUUCACGACCCUGAUAAAUCGAAUAAUUAUAUGCGGAAUCGUGCAACGUUCAGUCCAUGUGAUGAUCUUGUCUUGUCGGAUGGCUUAUUAUGGGAUGUACGGAGUCGAAGACUGGUGCAUAAGUUCGACAAGUUCAACCCUGAUAUCAGUGGACAGUUUCAUCCAAUGGGGCUGGAGAUAGUCAUCAACACCGAAGUCUGGGACAUGCGUUCAUUCGCUUUACUGCGGACGGUGCCAGCUUUGGAUCAGUGCCAGAUCAUGUUCAACAAUGCAGGCACAGUCAUAUAUGGAGCUAACUUUCCAAUGGAAGAGUUUGACGAUCUUGAAGAUGGGAAAGAAAGAAGUCCACUUGGCUCGUCGUUCAGAACCUUCGACGCCACAGACUACACAAACAUUGCGACGAUCGAUGUGAAGAAGAAUGUGAUAGAUCUGUGUACGGAUCAGUCGGACUGUUACCUGGCUGUUGUGGAGAAUGUGAAGUCACCGGACACGCUAUCGGAAGAGAGCGUGUGUCGUCUGUAUGAAGUUGGUCAGCUUAGGGAUGAGGAAGAUGACCAGGUUGAAGAAGAAGAUGAGGAGGAAGAGAUGGAGGAUGAUGACGAAGAGGAUGAUGAUGAUGACGACGACGAUGAUGACGAUGAUGUAGAGGUGGAGUUGCUUGAUGACGAAGACUUUGAGGAUGGAAGCAGUGCCAGUGGGAAUGAUGAUGAUGAUGACCAUGAUUCCGACCAGACAGACAGUUCAGAUAGCAACCUUGCUCCUCAGGAUGGAGAACAGACUCCACAAGCAGCUGUGGACGCAGUAUUUAGACAUCCAAACCCGCCGAGAUGGACGCGUGUUUUUGAUCAGUUGGUGAAUCGUCAAUCGACGUAGCAUUUAAUCUAAUGGACCUAUGUCUUUAUUACAGGACCAUCUGCUUCUCAGUUGGGUGACACAAACAUUUCAUUAAUACUCAGGUAAAAGGGAAUAAUUUGAGCACUAUGUGUUUGAGGUGGAAGAGAGCGAGACAAAUAAUAUAAAAUAUGCUGAGUAACUUUUGAAGGUUUGAUUUGGCUUGCCCAUGCACUCUUUCACUCUAUCAAGCUAGAUUAUCACUGUACUACGCUUAGAUGAAGUGCAUUCAUACCUCACCAGCCACUAGUCGAUCUGGGGCUCACUAAAACGCCUGUCUCUGUCAGUUGUUAACAAAAUUUUUGACCCCUGUAUUGUAAUAUAUUUAUUUGUACGGAAACACUUUAUUCAGUAACUGUGACCUUAAUGAAUUGUCACUGUUCUUAUGAACUGGCAUAAUUUUUUGAUUUAUGUGAUGAUUAUAUAAUUUGAAGUUUGCCCUGCUGUUAAUGGUAGAGCCUUCUUCUCCUGAUCACUUUAUGUCAGUGUGCCAGUGGUUUGCACAAAAAUCUUCAAUCUGUGUCAAUGGAUGUGUUUUGUUAUCUAACAGCAUUAACCAAAAGUCCUUGAUAUUUGAUUUGCUUUCUCAAUGAUAUGUAGUCCAACCUGGGACCUAGGUCAACGUACCUGGAAUAGGUAUGGAUUCUAAUUUCGUUCCCGAACUCCAACCGGUCUGAUUGAGAUUCAUUGUUGGCAACAGUUUGCAUUUAUAAGAUUUUGUGUUCAGUUCCUUCAUGCCCAUUGUGAAUGUUUUUCGCAGACCAAUUGGUGAAGUCGUUGGAUCGACACUAAAACCCAUAGACAUAUAACAAAUUAACAAUGAAACAUUUAUUGAAUGAAAACCACUGGUAUAAAGUUCAGCUACUCAACAGUCUCAUUUCAUUUUCACACUGAUAUUUAACAAGAAUGCAGACCAACAACUAUAUUCUCUUUCAUUAAAGGCAUUAUAUUUUUGUAAAUUCAUGUACAAUAUUUUAAAGAUUGGUAAAUUGUGUCUCUAAUAAAGUGAAUGCAUGUUUAUCAUUUAUAUCGUAUUGCAAUAAAUAUUUUUGAUUGUGCUGUAA